UGUAUGAGUCCUCGGCGUGCAAGGUUAGUGCAACGGGACUUAUUUCAUUUCGAGCCGUGUGUUCGUUGUUUCAAGUUCGCGACGAGAACGGUGAUAUCGUUUUUGUCGUAAUACUUUUUAACAUCGUCUCUCUAGAGAUCUACACUCAUGCAUUCAGUGCAUUCAACUAUAAUAAUACGUUUCGACAUGUACGACGACGUGUUGAUGUAGUAUUUAUUGCAUUUGUGAAACAACGAGACGCCAUUCACGUGUCGGACGUCGCGAAACCAGUAUCGGAUGUAGGAAGUGCUACAGCUCGCGUGGCUUAAUAAAUUUCUAAAAAAAUAUUAUUUGAAUAAGGAUUCUUCUCUUUUCUUUCGAAAUGGAACAGAAGAGGCUGUACAAAUUAGUACUCACAGGAGGACCUUGCGGAGGAAAAACAACGGGACAGGCACGGCUGUGUACUUUCUUCGAAAACAUGGGAUGGAAAGUGUUCCGUGUUCCCGAGACAGCGUCCGUGCUGCUCAGUGGUGGCAUCAAGUUUUCAGAGCUGAAUGCCGAGGAAGGAUUCAAAUUUCAGGAGAAUCUCUUACGUACGAUGAUCCAGAUUGAGAAUACAUUCUUUCAAUUAGGCGAAAGUUGCUCAAGAAAUUGUCUUAUAAUUUGUGAUCGCGGUGCAAUGGAUGCCUCGGCAUUUAUUUCGAAAGAUGAAUGGGAAUUGAUGAUGGCUUCAAAUGGUUGGAACAACGUAGAAUUAAGAGAUAAUCGAUAUAAUCAGAUUAUCCAUAUGGUGUCAGCAGCAAAUGGAGCUGAAGAUUUUUAUUCAACUGAAGAUCAUGCUUGUCGUUCGGAAGGUGUUGAGCUUGCAAGAGAAUUGGAUUACAAAGCUGCAGCAGCUUGGGUCGGGCAUCCUUAUUUCGACGUGAUCGACAAUUCGCAAGAUUUUGAAAUAAAACUCUGUCGCAUGAUCGAAUGUGUUUGUCAGAAAUUAGGCAUUGAUACUGGAGAUCGAUUACGUUCUAGCAGUCGUAAAGUUAAGUUCCUCGUAAAAGGUCCCCUGCCAUUAGACUCCGAAUUUCCGCCAUAUCAGGACUUCGAUGUCGUACAUAACUACCUCCAAAGUAAUAAUCCAAAAAUGCAAGCACGUUUGCGAAAGCGUGGUCAAAAAGGUCAUUGGUCUUACAUACAUACCAUCCGAAGACCAAAAAUGUGUGGUCAAGUAAUCGAGGUAAAGACCCAAUUAACCCAUAGAGAUUAUUUAAAUAUGUUAGCACAACGUGACGAUUCACACUUUACUAUCUUCAAAAGGCGACGUUGUUUCCUUAUCAAUAAUCAGUAUUUUCAGUUGGAUAUAUAUAAAGAACCAGCGCAUCCUAGAUGCCGAGGCCUCAUGUUACUCGAAACUUAUACGGCGUUGACGGGAGACCAUUUAAAAAAUAUCCUACCACAGUUCCUCACUAUCGAGAAGGAAGUCACUGGGAAUCCUGAUUAUAGCAUGUUCAAUCUUAGUUUGCGAGAAGAAUGGAAUACCACGAAUAAAUAUUGCCACAAUUUAAAUGGUUUACCGCCAGGUUCUUGGUUGUUGGAACAUGAGAGUCUUAAUCUUUCAGACAUGAAAGAUUCUUCCGAGACUAGGAAUCAAGUUAAUGGAGCCGAUGUUAGAAUCGGUAGUGUAAAACAUGAUGUAAAUAAUGUUAUCAACGUAGUACAGAAUGGUGUUAGUAGAGUAGCAAACGGAGAUCGAUAUAAAUAUUUCGAUCAGAAUAAUGUAAAGAGCAAUCAAGAGAGUCAAAAACGUACAUAUGACAGUCCAGCGAAAAAAAUAAAUGAAUUACCACAAGAAAAGAAAGAUGACAAACAUAAUAAGAAUGGCUUUCAUGAUAACGUAAAAGUAUAACAGUAACAAUAAAGAAAAAAAAAAGAAGGAGAGGGCGAGAGAAAGAGAGAAAAGAGAAAGGGAAAAUAAUUUCCUAAAGAAAAAGAUGUAACAUAAAUUUGAUUGGCAUUGAUGACUAAAUUACACAUUAUAUAAGGACAAAUUUACAUAAGAAAUUUUAUUUUUUAAUCGAACCUGCGUGUUACACAUUUGGAUAUCUUCCAUUAAGAGAAUGUAUUUAAGGAUUUAAUCGUUAUUUGUUAAUCUUGUUGACCAGUCAACAAGUGAUAUGUCUAUCGAAAUACCAAGUAUUUAUAUACUUAAGAAAGGUUUCUUCGUCUCCUUAGUUUCCUAUGCAUCCUUCUAUCUAAAGUAUUGUCUUGAUUCUUAAUUAAGAAAAUUACUAUGAAUGAUUGUGAUAAAAGGUUUAUAUAUAUUUAUAUAUAAUCUACGACAUACAAAAAAAGGAAGUAUAAUUAUUUUAAAUAGAACAUACAAUCAACACAUAGUUAUACUCUCUUCUUAAUAAAAUCUUUAGUCGGUUUUUCCAAAGUAAAUUACAUUUUUUCCAAUUAAAUGUCUACAAAUUGUGAAGAAAAUUAUUGAAAAAAAAA